AUGGAAUGGCUGCUAGAAGACCUGCUUAGGGCUAAGGGAGAUAUGGGGCCUCUCCAAGGCCAGCUGACACAUGUUCUGGCCUGCAGACAUUGCAGCAGCAGCAUCUGCCUCCAAAGUCCAGGGAAUCUGGUGAUACUAUUCUUGUUCAUGGUUUGGCAGAUCCAAAGAUGGUGGCAGCUUGGGAAAUGGCAACAGCUUCAGCCCUGGUGCUCUGGAGACAUAACAAUACAAGGCAAGGGACUACAACUUCUGCACCAUUUUGCCUUCCUUGAUUCCCUGUGCAAGCAAGAGUCAAAGAAGGAAGAGGAAUGUGGGGAAGAGAAGGAAGAGGAAUCAUUAUCUCUGAGUCCACUAAAACCACAUUCUCCUUCCAAAGAUGCUUUCAUUGGAAAGCAAUUCACUGCAGACCCACACCAGCCAUCCUGUAGUUCUGAGGGCCUCCCCAAGGCCACAGGGAUACGAGAACAAGUGCUCACACAACCCUCAAGCCCUUCCAGAUCCUUCCCUACCUUCCAGAUCCUGACCAACCUACCUGUGAGGAACAAGAUAGCUUCAGGGAGUUCCCUGCAGCAGAGAAAAAGCCAGCUAUUCUGGGGUCUUCCCUCGCUACACAGUGAGUCCUUGGAGACUAUUUUCCUGAGCUCAGAUGGCCCUUCUCCACUUAAGUUGUCUAUUUGUCCUUCUGUCUUCUUCAACAAGGUUUCCGUCCUGCCUGUGUACAACUUGUUGCUUCCCUAUUAUCGCUCUCCAACUUACUAUCCUACCCAUGAAGCCCAUACUAUGAGAAAUCUGGAAAGAAUGGUACCUGGUUCUCAACUCGUUCAAUCUCCACCUCCCCCUCUUAUCCCAUUAGUACCCUCCAAUCUUAAGCCUUUGCUUAUAGAUUGUAAAGGAAUCUUAUCUGACACUGAUGCACAUACACAGCAGAAAGAGGUUCCUUGUGCCUCUGAGAAUCAAGCCCUAUACCCACAGCCUGAACUCCAAAAUAUCAGACCUUCCACAUUCUUGUAUUCACCUGAGGCCUGGAGGGAGACGCCAGGGGACCCCAGCCUCCAUCAACACAAUCCAGAAUCACCUUCUGCCUCUCUAUUGUAUCCUUCCAAUCCUCAUGAAAUCAUAACUAGGCUUGAGGCCCCACGGAUAACCAUGAAACAACACAAGCACCCAAAAACCUCUCAAUCUGCAAUGUCAACUACAAGCCCACACCCAACCUCCCUGACAGAAUACCAGAGAGCCAACCCUAUGAGAGACCUGUCUGGAUUGAAAGCUCUCUGGGAAACCACAGUGCAAAAAAAGAACUCUCAGAUCUAUGCGCUUCCAAUCUCGUCUCCUUGCCAAUUCAUAGUACCCAUGACAGAACAUCAAGAAACUGGCCCUCCAGUAACUCCCCCUGGAUAUGAAGUUCAGUGGGGAAUUAUACAACAUAAUGACAAUCCCCAAGCUUUUGAUCCCCCAAUGCCAGCCUCCUGUCAACCACCAGGUUCUCUGUCCGAAGUAAAAACUGUUAACCCCAAAGGAAGACUUUCUACACUGAAGGACUUCUGGGGAAAUAUAGGAUAUAAAGAGAAACCACCCGUUUCUAAGUCUCCAGUGUCAGCCCCCUGCCCUCCUUUAGACACCCUGUCAGAACACCAGAUAGAGAGUCCCCUGGAGGAUCUGUCCGGAUACCAGGCUCAAUUGCAACACAGAGAAAACUCAGGCAAUCUCUGGGCCUUUGAAACUCCAACCUUGGACUUCAACAUGUGGUUUCAUGAAACCAUCCCUGCAUGUGUCCCAUUGGGAUCUGAGACUCCAUUGAAGGGUAGACCUAGUACAGAAAAUCUUUGUGUCUGUGCAGACCUAGUUUCAGCUCCUAGCCUUCCCUCUGUCUCUCUGCCAGACUUUGCAAUGAUGGGCCCCCAAAGAGUCUUUUCAGAGUCUCAAGCUUUAUGGGAGAAAAAGGGGCAGAGAAAGAAGCUCUGGGUAUCUGACUCCCCAUGUCCUGCCCAUGUACCAUCUCUAGUCCCCUUUUUAGAACCACAAACAAUCAAUAUUGUGGAUGACUUCCCUAGAUCAGAAGCUACAUGGAAGGAUACUGAGCAUACAAGAAAAUGUUUGUCUUCUGAGUCUCCAUUUCUGAACCUCAACCCAUCCCCAGAUCUUGUACAGCCACCCCUCAGAGUUAGUUCCAUGGAGAAUCCAUUUAAAUCUAAAGUUUGGUGUGUGGACAUUCAAAGAAAAAAUAACUUCUUGGCCUCUGAGCAUCCAGCUCAAAGCUUAUCCCAACAUCUAUUUAGAACCAGAUCCUCAGGAGUCCUCUCUGACCCUGCUGGAGGAUAUAUGAAGCAGAAUGAAAAUUGUUGUGUUUCUGUAUCCUCAGUUUGGGGAUCCAGCCCACCUCCAAACUCUGUUUCAAAGUCUCACAUAAGUAAGCCUUCUGGAAACCCGUGCAACUGUAAGCCUAUGGAGUCAGGAUUAGAGCAGAGAAAGGACUCCUGGCCCACUGAGCUACCAGCCCCCAGCUUUCUCUCUGCUCCAUCACAAGAGCCACACCCUGACAUUGAGUUUAUAUAUAGAAAUGUACAAAAAAGAGAGGCCUCCCAGACUCCCAGUCCUCCAGUAAUGAAUGUUGUGCAGCCAACAUCUUGGUUCUCAGAAGCUAAGGCAGAGGCCCCAUCUUCCCACCCAUCUUCCCAGGGUGGAGCUGUCUCAGAGCUGUGUGACCACCCUGUGAGCCAUGCCUGGCAAUGGAGUAGAGAAUUAAAGGCCAGACUAAAGAAACUACAGCAGAGCCCCACUUUCAAAUCCCCAGGCCCACAUCACUCACUUGGCAGCUCCCCAGCCCUUAACUCCCCAAUUCCAGAAUCUUGGGGACUAUCUUAUUCCCCACAUCAGACUCAAGCUCUCAGUCUGUACCCCUGCUCAUCAAUUGGUGAUCCCCCAAAAAUUCAAAGGACAGAACCUCAGUCUGUCCAGGCCCCUCACUGCUCUCACUCUUCUAGCAGAGCAGAACAAGAGUCUCAAAAAAAGAGAAUGAAAUGGAAGGUAGUGGGCCAAACGCCAUCCCCAGGGAAUGUUCAUACAAAGGCUAAUGAAAACUGCUCAGGAAUGGGAAAGCCCUCAAAUACAGGGGCUCCAGUCUCUAGCAAAAGACGCCAAGACAAGAUUUUAGUACUACCUUCAGCCCAAAAGAAAGGGAGUCCCAGAAAACCCAAAGCAGAGAAAUGUGGAGGAGGGACUGCAAGAUUGGGAUCAUCCACUGACACAGGGAAAAACAACCCUGCCCAGGCCUGCACACCAACAGAGGUCCCUAUACAAAGAUUUUCUAAAAAGUCUCAGUACAGAGCUCAGCAUUCUCCACACACCAUUCUUGCUCAGCAGCUUCUCCCAAAUGCUGCCAGUCCCCAGGAUCAACAAAGGGAAGGCCUGGUAGCCGGUAAUACCCAGAAUCCUCACCAUUGUAAGCAUUGUGCUUGGGCCCCCAAGGAGAAGCAGCUCCCAUCCUCCACACCCCAGGCUCCCCCUACCAGAGGUUUUCAAAGGUUGUUAGCUAAAUUUCUACGUGUCCGUAGAUGCCUGCCAACUAAAUCCAGUCAGUAAAGUAUGAUAGUACUGGCAACCAGUAUAUCACAACCUGAACCAAACCAGGUGUGGGUAAGAAAUAGAGACAGAGAAAUCCUAAUA